AUGAACAAUAUUAAUAGUCGUAAUAGCAAUAGUAGUAACAAUAGUAGUGGUGGUGGUACUAACUCUAAAAGAAGGAUUGAAACAGAUGUUAUGAAACUACUAAUGAGUGAUCAUGAUGUAGAAUUAGUGAAUGAUAAUAUGCAAGAAUUUUAUAUUAAAUUUUGUGGACCAAAGGAUACACCGUAUGAAAAUGGUGUUUGGAGAUUACAUGUAGAAUUACCUGAUAAUUAUCCAUAUAAAUCUCCAAGUAUUGGAUUUGUUAAUAAAAUUUUCCAUCCAAAUAUUGAUAUUGCAUCAGGUUCCAUUUGUUUAGAUGUAAUUAAUUCUACUUGGUCCCCAUUAUACGAUUUACUUAAUAUCGUAGAAUGGAUGAUACCUGGGUUAUUAAAGGAACCUAAUGGGAGUGAUCCACUGAAUAAUGAAGCUGCAACUUUGGAGUUAAAGGAUAAAAAACUUUACGAGGAAAGAAUUAAAGAAUAUAUUGCAAAAUAUGCGACUGAGGAUAGAUAUAUACAAACGUUUGGUGCUGGUACCGAUGAUUCAAGUGGUGAGGAUGAUGAUCCGCUUGAUGGUUUCCAAAAGGAAGAUGAAGACGAAGAAGAAGAAGAAGAUAUUGAUAAGGGAUUUGCAGGAGAAUCUGGGGAUGAUUUUGGAAAAGGAAACAAGAAUAAAGACGAAACGGAUGGUAGCAGUGAGGAAUUAAGUGAUAUAGAAGUAAGUGAAGAAGAGGAAGCUUGA